UUACAACAAGUACAAGUACAAGUACAUUACAUUGAAAUGUUUUACAAAGUUAAAAUUCUAAAUUCACCAUUUAUUUUUUAUUUAAACAAUUUGAAGUGAGUUAAGUGAUCUUUUUGUUUUAAUAAACAAGAAUAAAUAGUGCACUUAGCUGAGUUCUAUCUAAACAUUCAGUUGUUCUGUUCACUGUUCAGAAUCAGAAUCAAUCAGUAUGUCAAAAUGUUUGUAACACUUUGACAGUGUUCCAAAACAAUGGGUGAAAACGGCCCUAAAAAUUCAGCAACAUCAAAUGAUAAAAAUUUCUCAUCAUGGAUCCAUUGUAUAUGUGUGAUUACAUUCGAUCUGGAAUUGGGCCAAGUUAUUGAGAGUGUACAUCCAAAAGAUGCCCAAAUUACAAAACAGGAAAUGUCAAAUAUAUGUUAUUUGGCAUUUCCCGAUUCAAAUUCUGGAUGUAUGGGUGAUACACAGUUUACAGUACGAUUACGACGAUCACCUGGACAACCGGAUUGUAGUUCGAGCGCAUAUGGAAGGCAUGCCUCACCACCCAAACAAUUUUUAUGGGGAUAUGUUUAUUUUCGACAAGUUAAGGAUAUUACGUUACCUCGAGGAUAUUUUCAAAAAAGUGUGGUAGUAUUAUCAACAUUGUCACACGUUGGGAUUCUGGGUAAUGUGAGUGCUAUUGUGGCAGACGCAUACUUCACAGGUGGUAUGAUUGCAUUAGAAGAGACCUAUCGAUUAUCAAAACAAUGGCCAGACCCAGAAACAAUCUCACUUCAAACUCCAAUCUCGUUACACUUACCUGGAACUAAAAUUGAUACAACAUUAUCAACAGAAACAAGCAUUGCAAAUUCAUGGCUAAUGCCAAUUGCUGCGCAUGCUCAACUAUUAUGGGAAUUAGUUUUAACGGCUGAACCAUUAAUUGUAUUUGCUGCGAAUCCGACAUUAUGCUCUCAAACGGUCUUAGCUUUAGUUGGAAUGAUUUCACCGCUCGUGUAUAGCGGCGAUUACCGACCAUAUUUUACGAUACACGAUUCAGAAUUUAAGGAGUUCACGAGUGGAUUACGUGAAGCCCCGGCAGCUAUUUUAGGUGUAACGAAUCCAUUCUUUUCAAAAACUUUACAACAUUGGCCGCAUACAAUUCGAUUAUGUGAGACGGUUGGUGGCCAUAAAUCCAAAAAACAUAUACACGAUUCAAAUGGUGGCGCGAGUUUAGCUGAAAUCGGUGAUGUACGUACUGUAUACAAACCGUUCUUACGUGCGGAUCGAUCGUUGUCACGACGCUUGCGUUUAGGACGACGCCAAGCUGAAGCACAUACAGCGUUGCUACGUAGACAUCUGGUGGAGUUAACACAAAGCUUUAUGAUUCCAUUGGAACGGUACAUGGCAUCGUUGAUGCCUUUACAGAAAAAUGUGUCACCAUUUAAAGGAUCUGUCACACCUUUGCCAUUUAAUCCAGAUAAAUUUUUUGCAACAUUAGCAUCGUCUGGACCACAAUUGACAUCUGGUGUGCGUGGUAAUUGGGAAGGCUUGUAUAGGAAAUUUUUGAGGUCACCCAAUUUUAAUGUAUGGUUUAAUCAGAGGUACACAGAAUUGUCACGUCAAUUACAUACCCUACAAUUGCAGGCGUUAGCGCGUGUGAAUUUAAAACAAUGGGUUGAAGGAAAAGCGGAAGUAGAAGUUGUUGAUAUGGUAUUAAAUAUUCGUCAUAAAAUUGCCCGCUCCAGUAGUGAUGAAGAGACUCGUGACAAGUUAACACAGUGCCUAAAGGAGUUAUUUGAAGCGCUUCCAGAAGAUCUUAGGAAUAUUUUACAAGUUGAACGGUAGCAUCUGCAUCUGCAUCUGCAUCAGCAUCAUUAACGACCAUCAACUUACAUUCCAAAAAAUCGCCCCUCAGUCCUCUCAUUUAGCUAAAUUUUAUGUAAACACCAUAUACAAAUUUUUUGCUCAAAAAAAAAAAAAUGACGUAAUGAACAAAUUUUGUAAAAAAAAUAGUGAUUAGAUUUUUUUUUCAUUAUACAGUAGGUACGUUUUAAGUAAGUGGUGUACAGGAAGUCCAACAUGUACAACGUGAUCCAUUUUAAAACUGGUCAAGUAUUUAUUUUUUACAAACGACUUAUGCAAUACAAUACAGCAUCUCAUCCCGUUGGGUUGAGGUACAUCUACAUCAUUCUGGUGUUCCACUUCUAGUGUUCUUGCUUGUCUUGACUGGUAGAUGAGUUUUAGUAAAAGACCUACCCACAAAAUUCACGAAUUUAAAACAAAUUUAAUUGGAUUAAAAAAAAAUGUGUCAUCGUUUUUAAAAUAAUGUUUUACUCCCUGUAGAUAGGGUGGAGUGAAACCCUAUAAAAAUGAUGUUAUGAUUGUAUUUAGUUGAAAAUCAAAAUGAUAUUUGCCAUUGAGGGGUAAUGAACCUCAUCAAUUAAAAAUUAUCCGUCGCUGUUUCACGUCACGUAUGACGUAUGACGUAUGACGUGUGACGUAGUGAGACUAUUUGUAAACUAAAGAAUUUGAUUAGAAACUUUUUGAAGUGAUAUCUCUCCAAAAUCAAAAAUAUUUGCAAUUUUUAGGUUUUAAUAAAUUUUACAAAAAGUAAAUGUAUUUUUUGGCACUGUGAAUAUUUUUGCAAACUAACAAUAAAUAAUAAAUAUUUAAAAAUAAAUGCAUUUAUGUUUAGAUAGAUAUGGAGGGAGGGAGGGAGGGAGGGAGGUAGGAAGAUUUUGUGCUCAACUCAACUUAACUUAAAAUUCUGAUUGAAUCUCAUAUUUUAUAUUUUCAAUUGAUCAUCUGCAAGGUUUUGUUAGGAAGGGGAUGUUACUGUUUUGUCAUCAAAAUAUAUGAUUUAAUAGAUAGACAGUUAUUUACCUUUUACCCCUCUCCCCAGGUACUUCAAUCUAUGAUGAUCUAUGAUUGGGUUGAGUCCAAUAAAACUCUACAUGAAGAGUUCGAGUUGUAAAUGAUCACUGAGUUUAAGUUAUAUAAAAUAAAUUUAAAUUGUAAA